AUGGCAACUGAAAUGGCUACCGAAGUGCCAACAGCAAUCCCCCAGGCGGAGCUUACCCCUCUAAGCCUCAAGCCCAGAGAACUCUCCUUCACUUUGCCCAGAGCUUUGCACACGACAGCACAUAUUCACUUGAACUUUAUGAACCAUUGUGCUACAGUUUUCCUGGCUACUUCAACACCUGGUGACUCGGGUGGCUCUAUCAAGCCGAUGGGAAGCUUUGUCUACGCGAUGCCCGAUCGCACAUCACCCAAAUCAACAAUCUCAACGACACUUUACACAUCACCCUCUAGCAUUGAAUACACAACCCGCAUAGCCAAAAUCCUGGCUAGACGGCUUGGCAUGCCCGUCUACGUUGGUUGCAGUAUCGAUCCCCACUCCUUGGGCUUGGAAGUCCAAGAAGAAAUGGAGGGGCUUACAAGCAUUGUUAACGCGGUUAUGACCAAUUGGGAGGAGCAUAAACAGGAGAAAGCUGCAAGUGAGAAAUAG